CGCCGCGAGCGGCCGUGCCUGCAGUGUGGGCGGGGGCCGGGGGCCCGGAGGAGCCGCCGCCGCCGCCGCGGUUCCGAGCGGGGCCCAACAUGGCGGAGAGAGAGGUGGAGUCCGGCCCCCGAAAGAGGGAACAUCGUGAUCAAUUAGCCACUGCCAAAGAUCCCUGCGGGCCAAAGCAUUCUGAUUACCGGAAACCCAACCCCCUUUUGCGGUACUGAGAAGAGUCACUAGGAAGUCCCUUUCUGAACCCGGCUAAGAACCUGGGACACUGGCAUAAUUCUCUGGGAAACAUCUGGCCAGUAGGAGUGCCACUGAAACCUGCUGGGCAGCGGCCCUCAGCGGUGCUGACAAAACUUGCUGGGAAGCUACCCAUGGUUGUAUAGUUUGAGCAGAAAACUGGUGCAGUUUUUGAUGAAAUUGUAGAGAACUGUGGUGGUAUCAUGGAUACAGAAAUGUCUGAAGAUAUAGACCACAACUUAACUCCUACCCUUGACAGCAUGUCUUAUGGAAUGCCGAAUCAAACAGGAUCUGAAAAUUCAUUGCUGGAUGAAGAUGAUUAUUUUUUGAACUCUGGGGAUCUUGCAGGAAUUCCAGUCGUUGGUAGUGACAAUGAGGAUGAACAGGAUUUUAGUUCAAAGGACAAUAUUGUUUCUUCAAUUCAUACUGAUGAUAGCUUGGAAGUAGAGAGAAGAGUCACACAGCAUGAAUCAGACAAUGAAAAUGAAAUACAGAUUCAAAAUAAAUUAAAAAAAGACUUUCCUAAACAGUUUGAUCAGGUUUCUGUCUUUAAAUCAAUACGGAAAGAUUUUAGUCUAGUAAGAGAAAACAGCAAAGAGACAUUUUCUGGAAAGGAGAAAAAUAGAGACCUAACUUAUCAUGAACGUGAAAAACGGUUGGAUAAACCCCAUAAAGAGUUGGAUUCAAGGUUGAAAAGCAGUUUUUUUGAUAAAGCAGCUAAUCAAGUUGAAGAAACAUUACAUACCCAUUUACCACAAACCCCAGAAACAAACUUUAGGGAUUCCAGCUAUCCAUUUGCCAAUAAAGAAUCCAUUGGUUCGGAACUGGGAAAUUCCUUUGCAUCAAAUAUUAGAAUUAAAGAAGAACCUUUGGAUGAUGAGUAUGACAAAGCAAUGGCACCACAGCAGGGACUACUAGACAAAAUUAAAGAUGAACCUGACAAUGCUCAAGAGUAUAGUCAUGGCCAACAGCAAAAAACUCAAGAAGGGGAAUUGAAAAUUAGUGCUGUCUUUUCAGUCAGUGGCAGUCCUCUUGCUCCACAGUUGACUACUGGCUUUCAGCCUUCACUGGCGUCAUCUGGCAUGAAUAAAAUGCUUCCUUCAGUUCCAGCCACAGCUGUUCGAGUUUCCUGUUCUGGUUGUAAAAAAAUCCUUCAGAAGGGGCAAACUGCUUAUCAGAGGAAAGGGUCUACUCAGCUUUUCUGCUCCACGCUGUGCCUCACUGGAUAUACAGUUCCACCUGCCCGCCCACCGCCUCCUCCCACCAAGAAAACUUGUUCAAGCUGCUCAAAAGAUAUUUUAAAUCCAAAGGAUGUGAUCAGUGCCCAGUUUGAAAAUAGCACCACUAGUAAAGAUUUUUGCAGUCAGUCAUGUCUAUCAACAUAUGAACUGAAAAGGAAACCUGUUGUCACCAUAAAUACGAACAGCAUUUCAACCAAAUGCAGCAUGUGUCAGAAGAAUGCUGUUAUUCGACAUGAAGUUAAUUACCAGAAUGUGGUACAUAAACUUUGCAGUGAUGCCUGCUUCUCCAAGUUUCGCUCUGCCAACAACCUCACCAUGAACUGUUGUGAGAACUGUGGGGGAUACUGUUACAGUGGCUCUGGGCAGUGCCACAUGCUUCAGAUAGAGGGCCAGUCUAAGAAGUUCUGUAGCUCUGCGUGUGUCACAGCAUAUAAGCAGAAAUCAGCCAAAAUUACACCAUGUGCGCUUUGCAAAUCAUUGAGAUCCUCAGCAGAAAUGAUUGAAAAUACCAAUAGCUUGGGAAAGACAGAGCUUUUCUGUUCUGUUAAUUGCUUAUCUGCUUACAGAGUUAAAAUGGUUACUUCUGCAGGUGUACAAGUGCAGUGUAACAGUUGCAAAACCUCAGCAAUCCCGCAGUAUCACCUCGCCAUGUCAGAUGGAAGUAUACGCAACUUCUGCAGCUAUAGCUGUGUUGUCGCAUUCCAGAAUUUGUUCAACAAACCAACAGGAAUGAAUUCUUCAGUAGUGCCCUUGUCUCAGGGCCAAGUAAUUGUAAGCAUCCCCACAGGUUCAACCGUGUCCUCAGGAGGGGGUAAUACUUCUGCCGUUUCUCCCACCUCCAUCAGUAGCUCUGCUGCAGCUGGUCUCCAGCGACUUGCUGCCCAAUCCCAGCAUGUUGGGUUCCCACGAAAUGUUGUAAAACUCAAGUGUCAGCACUGUAACCGCCUUUUUGCCACAAAACCGGAACUUCUUGACUAUAAGGGUAAAAUGUUUCAGUUCUGUGGCAAGAAUUGUUCUGAUGAAUAUAAGAAAAUAAAUAAUGUAAUGGCAAUGUGUGAAUAUUGUAAAAUUGAGAAAAUUGUAAAGGAGACUGUGCGAUUCUCAGGUGCUGACAAGUCAUUCUGUAGUGAAGGUUGCAAAUUGCUUUAUAAACAUGACUUGGCAAAACGCUGGGGAAAUCACUGUAAAAUGUGCAGUUAUUGUUUACAGACAUCUCCCAAAUUGGUACAGAGUAAUUUGGGGGGGAAAGUAGAAGAGUUCUGUUGUGAAGAAUGCAUGUCCAAAUAUACAGUUCUAUUCUAUCAGAUGGCCAAAUGUGAUGGUUGUAAGCGACAGGGUAAACUCAGCGAGUCCUUGAAAUGGCGAGGAGAAAUGAAACAUUUCUGUAACCUGCUUUGUAUCUUGAUGUUCUGUAAUCAGCAGAGUAUGUGUGACCCACCUUCACAAAACAAUGCAGCAAGUAUUUCCAUGGUGCCAGCUGCUUCAGCAGGGCCCCCGUCUCUAAGAAAGGAUUCAACUCCAGUUAUAGCUAAUGUAGUAUCAUUAGCUAGUGCUCCUGCUGCUCAGCCCACAGUGAAUUCUAACAGUGUCUUACAAGGUGCAGUUCCAACAGUAACAGCGAAAAUCAUUGGGGAUGCUAGUACACAAACAGAUGCCCUGAAACUGCCACCUUCCCAGCCCCCAAGACUUUUGAAGAAUAAAGCUUUAUUGUGCAAACCUAUCACACAGACUAAAGCCACCUCUUGCAAACCACAUACACAAAACAAAGAAUGCCAGACAGAAGACACUCCGAGUCAGCCCCAGAUCAUUAUGGUGCCAGUUCCUGUACCGGUGUUUGUGCCCAUACCUCUUCAUCUUUACACUCAGUAUGCACCAGUCCCGUUUGGGAUUCCAGUUCCAAUGCCUGUCCCUAUGAUUAUUCCAUCCUCAAUGGAUAAUGAAGAUAAAAUCACUGAGAGUAUUGAAGACAUUAAGGAGAAGCUGCCUUCACAUCCAUUUGAAGCUGAUCUCCUUGAGAUGGCAGAAAUGAUUGCAGAAGAUGAAGAGAAGGAGAAGACUUUAUCCCAGGGAGGAUCCCAAACUUCUGAACAGGAACUCUUUCUUGACACCAAGAUUUUUGAAAAAGACCAAGGAAGUACAUACAGUGGUGACCUUGAAUCAGAGGCAGUAUCUACUCCGCAUAGCUGGGAGGAAGAGUUGAAUCAUUAUGCCUUAAAGUCAAAUGCUGUGCAAGAGGCUGAUUCAGACUUGAAGCAGCUCUCAAAAGGGGAAACUGAGCAGGACCUGGAAGCAGAUUUUCCAUCCGAAUCCUUUGACCCACUGAGUAAAGGACAGGGAAUCCAGGCACGUUCCCGAACAAGGCGACGGCACAGAGAUGGCUUCCCUCAGCCCAGACGAAGAGGACGGAAGAAGUCGAUAGUGGCUAUGGAGCCCAGAAGUCUUAUUCAAGGAGCCUUUCAGGGGUGCUCAGUGUCUGGGAUGACACUAAAAUACAUGUACGGGGUAAAUGCCUGGAAGAACUGGGUUCAGUGGAAAAAUGCGAAGGAAGAGCAGGGGGAUCUGAAAUGUGGCGGUAUUGAACAUGCGGCAUCUAGCCCAUGUUCUGACCCUUUAGGAAAUGCUCAAGACCAUGCACUCUCUCAAGAAUCCUCAGAGCCAGGCUGUAGAGUCCGUUCUAUCAAGCUGAAGGAAGAUAUUCUGUCCUGCACUUUUGCUGAGUUGAGUUUGGGUUUAUGCCAGUUUAUCCAAGAGGUGCGGAGACCAAAUGGUGAAAAAUAUGAUCCAGACAGUAUCUUAUACUUGUGCCUUGGAAUUCAGCAGUACCUGUUUGAAAAUGGUAGAAUAGAUAACAUUUUUACUGAGCCCUAUUCCAGAUUUAUGAUUGAACUUACCAAACUCUUGAAAAUAUGGGAACCUACAAUACUUCCUAAUGGUUACAUGUUCUCUCGCAUUGAAGAAGAGCAUUUGUGGGAGUGCAAACAGCUGGGCGCUUACUCACCAAUCGUCCUCCUGAACACCCUCCUUUUCUUCAAUACCAAAUAUUUUCAACUCAAGAAUGUUACUGAGCACUUGAAGCUUUCCUUUGCUCACGUGAUGAGACGGACCAGGACCCUGAAGUAUAGCACCAAGAUGACAUAUCUGAGGUUCUUCCCCCCUUUACAGAAGCAGGAGUCAGAAUCAGAUAAACUCACUGUUGGCAAGAGGAAACGAAAUGAAGAUGAUGAGGUUCCAGUGGGUGUGGAGAUGGCCGAGAAUACUGACAACCCACUACGAUGCCCAGUUCGACUUUAUGAGUUUUACUUGUCAAAAUGUUCUGAAAGUGUGAAGCAGAGGAAUGAUGUGUUUUACCUGCAACCCGAGCGCUCCUGUGUUCCGAAUAGCCCCAUGUGGUACUCCACAUUCCCGAUAGACCCUGGGACCCUGGACACCAUGUUAACACGUAUUCUCAUGGUGAGGGAGGUACACGAAGAACUUGCCAAAGCCAAAUCAGAAGACUCUGAUGUUGAAUUAUCAGAUUAA